AUCCAAGAAGACAACUUACUUUCUACUCAAAAAAUCAAUCUAUUUGUUUCUUUGUGUUAUUGUGUGAUCUUUGAAAAUGGCGCAUUACCAGAAUCAACAUGGUGCAACGGCCCAAUCUACAGAUAAGUAUGGGAACCCAGUCACCAGCUACACCGGAUCAGAGCCCCACCGCGAAAGGGGGAUGAUGGACAAGAUCAAGGAGAAGCUCCCAGGUACUCAUGACCCCUACUCAUCUAAUUCUCAUACAACCGGCACCACUGCACCUUACGGUGGAACCGGCCACACUGGAUCGGAGCAGCACCAUGGGAUGAUGGACAAGAUUACUGACCCCUACUCAUCUCAUACUCAUACAACCGGCACCACCGGAACAGGGCACCGCCAGCAGAAGGGCACGAUGGACAAGAUCAAGGAGAAGCUGCCUGGGACUGGGGGACAUACAACCGCCACCACCACACCUUACGGUGGCACCACCACACACACCCGUCAAAAGAAGGGCAUCAUGGACAAGAUCAAAGCGAAGCUUCCUGGUGGACAUCAUUAAAUCACUUCAUAUAUAUAAUAAUAAAUAGGGUUAUGUAAGAGAUUGAUACGCUAUGUGUCGUUUUGUGUUCAAUGUUUUAGUGUGACGUGUAUAAUAAGCGGUGCUUGGUGUAGUUCUUAUGUUUGUGAACACCGAGCUCUGCGCCAUGUCCUUUGUAUUUUGUGAUACAUACUUUGUAAGUCCUUUAUAUCUAUAUAUUUGCUCUUCUUAACAA